CAAACACACACUCGUACAGAGGGUGAAGUCUGUAUGCUCCACCGAGCCUUUCCGUGACUCCCGCUUCACUUUUUGCAGCCACACUUGGAGCCGCUUGAGUGCAGUCGGGCUGGAGAGACUGCGCCUUCUAGAAAAACAAAAAGAAACUCUUCAUUUUUUUUUUCUCUUUAAAGUUUGCCCCUGGUCAGUGUGAGCAAGCUGGAUUCCCGGAGCCCUUCACCAUGUCAGGCAGGUUUUAGGUACUCCAUGGAGCAAGCCAACCUGUACGAGGCAGCCCCUCGGCCCAUGGUGACGAACCUCGGUCCAAGCGCGCAGAACGCCUACGGCUACAAGGACGACCUGAGCGCGAUCUGCGAGAACGAGAGCUCCAUCGAUAUCAGCGCGUACAUCGACCCGGGCGCGUUUAACGACGAGUUCCUGGCUGACUUGUUCCACAGCAGUGGUGCGCGCCACGAGAAGCUCAAGCUGGCGACCGGAGGUGACUACGACUACGGCCACGGCCUGGGGAUCGGCGCGCCCGGACCGCAGCACUCGUAUGGCUGCGCGGUGGCGGGCUAUGGGGAAUCGUCCAAGCUGGAACCCGUGUACGAGUCCCAUGAGGCGCGCUUAAGAUCCGUGGCGAUCAAGAAGGAACCGCGUGAGGACAGUGAGCUUGGAGAGCUCGGGCACGCACCACAGUCCGGCGCCUACCAUCACCACCACCACCCGCACCACCAGCACCACCCGCACCUGUCGCACCUGCAGUACCAGAUCGCGCACUGCGCGCAAACCGCCGUGCACCUGCAGCCGGGUCACCCGACGCCUCCACCCACCCCAGUGCCCAGCCCGCACCAUCAGCACCAACACCAUCACCAGCAGCAGGGCAGCCUGGCUGUCAAAAUGAUGUCCGGCGACAGGCCCAAAAGUAAGAAGUCGGUCGACAAGAGCAGCGCAGAGUACCGGCUACGGCGCGAACGCAACAACGUCGCCGUGCGCAAGAGCCGCGACAAGGCCAAGAUGCGCAACGCCGAGACGCAGCAGAAAGUCAUCGAGCUCUCGUCGGACAACGACAGACUGCGCAAACGCGUCGAGCACCUCACGCGCGAGCUCGAGACUUUGCGGGGCAUCUUUCGGCAGCUGCCUGACGGCUCGUACGUCAAAGCCAUGGGCGGCUGCGCCUAACAGGACAGACUUCACUCACUUCAUUUUUCCUUUUUUUUU